GCUUGCAAGAAACGACGUGCCUCAUGGGGAGGCUCCGCUCUCUUCUUUCGCACACACAUCGAAAUUCGUUCGACGCUCAUUCCGGCGCCGGCCAACAAGGGAAGAAGCUUCGCGAACGCAGAUUCGCCGCCCGACACGCAAAAAGCGACAAGAAUAAUUUAUUCUAUGCCCAUUUGCUACUAGCCCUUCUCUAGCCACUCUCUGAACUUGACCUCCUCCGUGUCAUGCCCGCACAGCAAAAGGAGUUGGAGCCGACAAUGGCCCAGGCGUGCUCACCGCCGAUUUUCGGCCUCCACCAGCCUCCAGAACUGAGCCUGGGAGGUUCGUCCUCGUCGCCGGCGUCGUCACACCCGAGCGGCGACUCGUCGUCGUCGGCGCCCAGCUCGAGCUCCACCUCCCCCGUGACCUCUGACCUUGAGCACCAGCAGGGCGAGAUAUUCCAGCGUAUCAAUGAGUUACUACAAGAUCCAUGCGCCGAGGAUAGUCUAUCCUCCCCAGACUACCACGCGGAGAGCCGCCGCAACCUCUCAGACUUAUUGACCAUGAGUGUUCCACGAGGCAUGAGGACGAACCACCCCGACAACCAGGGCCUGAAUAACUUCAACCCCCUGCGUCUUCAGAUUAACCGGCAGGAGAAUGCCAAUCAGCAGCACAUGAUGACGUCGCCAGUGGACGAGCAGGGAAACUACCGCAUGAUGUCGCGUGGCUCCAGCUACUCGCCUCCUGCGUACCAACAACAGCACCACCACCACACCCAGGACUAUCAGAUGCACAACCACCAGCAACAGCAGCGCGCCACUCCGCCCACGCACGGCACGCCGCGCCAAAUCAGAGGGUCCUUCAGUGACUCAGGCACUCCUUCCUCCCUAGAGCAUGCGGCCAUGAUGGCCACGGCCGGCUUCUUUCCCAACAACAGGUCCCGCUCUCCGUCCCCGGCAGACAUCGACGCCAACUUCGCGACGCCCAACGAGCUCGCCAGCCUAAUGCAAACACUGUGCUUGACUCAUCAGCAUCACCAGUUCAACCAGAACAAUGGUGGCGGGGGCCUCAUGAGCCCUCUCAAUGACCUGCAGGAAAACCCCCUGAGGCUUCACAUGCAGAAUCAGCAACAGAUCCAUCCGAGUUCCCUGCUGGCCCUGCUGCAACAGCAGUGCCCUGGAACUCCCAGCUCACCGACCGACUCGACUAGCAGCAGGCAGAGACAGUGGCUGACCUCCCAACAGCAGCAGGCUGCCGCCGCAGCUCUGCUCCUCACUGACCCUACCUCACUGGAAAGGGCCGCAAGAUGCCACAGAAUUGCUGCUCAGGUGCACGAGGCUACUGUGUCCUGGAGUGGAACUUUGCCUCCCAGGGUGCAUUCAAAUCCAAUAUACUCUUGCAAGGUCUUCUUGGGAGGAAUACCUUGGGACAUCUCCGAGUCCAUCUUGAUUUCAGCCUUUGAGCAGUUUGGACCUGUCAAGGUAGAAUGGCCAGGGCGUGAAAACUCGCCUGCUCGAGCCAAAGGCUACGCCUACAUAAUUUUUGAGGAGGAGCAUCAGGUUAAGAUGCUACUGCAAAGCUGCACCCAGGACGUACUGAGUACAGGCAACUGGUACUACAAGAUAUCCUCUCGCCGCAUGAAGGCCAAGGAAGUUCAGGUUAUACCGUGGAUGAUAAACGAGGGCAACUACGUCAAGAGCCCCUCCAUCAGACUUGACCCCCAGAAGACUGUUUUUGUUGGAGCUUUACAUGGAAUGCUUAAUGCCGAGGGCCUUGCCAAAAUCAUGAACGAGCUAUUUGAGAAUGUCAUCUACGCUGGCAUUGACACGGACAAGCACAAAUACCCGAUUGGCUCAGGAAGAGUGACUUUCAGCAGCAGCCGCUCCUACAUGAAGGCAGUUGCUGCUGCCUUCAUUGAGAUCAGAACUAACAAGUUCACUAAAAAGGUCCAGGUUGACCCAUACCUUGAAGACUCUCUGUGCUCUGCUUGCAACCUGCAGCAGGGCCCCUACUUUUGCCGGGAAAUGGGCUGCUUCCGGUACUUCUGCCGCACUUGCUGGCGUGAGCAGCACUCCCUGCCCACAAUGGUGGCCCACAAGCCAUUGAUGCGGGUCAGCAAGACCUCUUCUCAGUCCUCGGAGGCUCCGAGGCUCAUGUAGAGGCCACACUCUUCAUCUCUGAUCGACAGCAGUAUUUUUUUGUGUUCCUAUAUCCGUACGAUUUAUAGUCCCAGGCAUAUUAUUAUCGCCGUGUAGAAAGAUGUUAGGCCACGAUUUCUGCAAAACUCACACAUUUACACUCCUGCCUCCAAAAUGUUGAGAAACGUCCAAAUCGUCUCCUAGCGCACCACUUACUUCUUGCAUACGUACGCAGGGACAAUUUUUGCCCGCCCUGCGCGACUUUUUGGAACCGUUUUUAGGGCCGUGAGUUUUAUUAUCUUGUCUCAAGAGUGUUACCACAUAGACUGUCCAUACUAAGUAGUGUAGGUGUGCAUCAGGGUUGCAUAACUGCAUGUGCGGAAUGCUUUUAAGGAACAUUUUACCGGGCUGGGCGGUUUAAGUAAGAAAAAAUAGAAACCAAUCGAAGCAAGAUGGGAUAAUUAUUGAACAGGUCUUUCUUCAACUCAUUACCAAGUAAGCUCCUCUAGGAGCGCAUUUCUAUUUAAUCUCACACACACACACAUACACUCUAUCACGAUUGAUAUUUUUUGUUGUUGUUCAGGCUCAAAAAUCUGAUGCCGAAAUACUCUAAUGUUAUCGAUAGCAUAACUCUAUAUUAUGAUAAAUAUUAUAUAUAGUUCUGUUGUUGUCGGGUGUGCAAUUCACCAGUGGAAAAAUAUUUUGCAUUCAAACAAACAAGUACGUUGCUCGAGGUAAACCUUGUCAAUAAUCCAGAUUGAUCGGGCUAUUACUCCACUGACCUCUGCCUAGAGAAAGAGAAAAAAAUCUUACUUUAAGCCUCAUUCUCCCUCUCUUUGAUCCGUUUAUUUCAACCAUUAUUGAUUUUUAAUUUUACUUAAAGCCUCCACAAUAUUAACAAGGUGCCUUACUUUGGCCACCUUGCCAACCCCAUUGUUGAAAAAAAUCUGUCGCUGCUCUCUCUUGGUGUUUAAAUGAAACAUGCUCACGAUUCUCAACGAUUUUGCUGUCCUCCGAGUUGGGUGUUUUUUGGUGAUGAUUUAAAUAUCGAGAAACUUUUACUCAGCGUUUUAAGUCGACUUUUAAUGUUACCGCGCUUUUACCUGCCUUUUUUAAAGUCAAUUUUAUUGCCCAUCGUCACACACUUUAACUUGUUAAGCCCGCAGGGAGAGGACUUUUGCCAAAGCAUUUUUGAUCAAACAAAAAGCGACUGAAUGCAGGAGAGAGCAUCACUUUACUUAGAAAAAGCAUCUUGUGCCAAACACGGGGCUAACGAACUUACUUAGCAAACGGAGUCAGAGAGGCCCGCGCCUGCUGCCGACGAGAUUUUAAUUUUUUCCCCCGAAACAACCGUUGGGUUUGCACUUUGCAUCAAAACUAGGGCGGGCGUGUGGCCGACCGAGGUGAUUGAAUGAUCGAUUUAAAAAAUAAAAAAUUAUUAUCAUAUUAUUGAUUAUAGCCCCUUUAUAUACCUACACACAGUUUUAAAAGAAUGGCUUUUUGAAAUCUUUUUAGUAAGCUUUGAGAAAUAAACUAGCACAAGAAGUAACUAACUCACUCACACACAUUAAUCUUAAUAGACGAAAAAAUUAGCAGCUAUAUGCGAGGUGUUUUUAUGUAACUCAACAACGUCUUUAUCACAUAAUAUCUCUUUGUAUCUCUUUCUGGUAUAUUUAAAAAAUGUUUUAGAAUUUUUCCAAUUUUUAUGGUCGUUUCCAAUUUUGUAAUAAAUUUUAUAGAAAAUGUGAAUACAAGAAGAGUUUUGCCCUAUUUUUAAAUACGAAAUAAUAUUUGCUUGGCGAUUCUUAAUUCUUGAAUACGAUUGAAAAAAAUACUUGAGAAAAACAAGAACACAUAAUUAUAAAUAUGAAGAACGAGAAAAAUAAUUUUGAUUGUGUGCAGUUUAUUUUUUAAAGUGAGAGUGAAUUUCCGCCACGAAUUGAUCGCGCGAUAUUUUUUUAGCUUUAUAAGAAACUACUCAAAAGAAAGUUUGUAAAAACUGAAAAUGUAGCAAAUUGGCUGCCCCGUGCGAGACAAAAUUUUGAAAUGUGGGAAAAUGAUUUUCGAAGCACAUGCAUAAUUCGAGCGGUUUGUUUCAGUUCCAACCUAUUAAUUAGAGAGGAUCUAAGAUCUGCCAAGGAAUAAAACUGAAAACACGAGAUUGAUGCUUAAGCUGAUACGAUGAUAUAAUAUUUUUUGAAGAAUAAUAUUUUUCUCUGAUUUUAUAUUGAAAUUUCCAUAAAGGUUAUUGAUAAAAUAGUGGAUGUUGUACACGUGUAUUUUACAAUAACAGUAGGCCUCUGUGAAUACAAAAAAGAGAGAAAAAAUUAUAUCAAAAUAAAAUAAUUACUGUAAUUAUCGAGAGAACGAUCAAAAUUAACCGUAAUCCAAGAUCAGAAACGAAGCAAGGUUUUAACGAAUGAAAAGUAUUGAAGAAAAAUCUACUCAGUAUCACGAUGAUUAAAUUAAUGGUGCCUACUCACUUAUCUUCUAAUGUUAUAUGCCUUAAAAAUUAUUCAGUGUAUAUCAAACGCAUUAAUGGAUCAGUGUAAAAUUUAUCAGAAAAAAUACGCGAACGAACCCUUCCUUGAAUCACACGAGAUUGUUUCCAUCGUUUUAAUUCUACUGGGCCGAUCGUCGAACGCAUACAUUGGCCUACACACACAUUUUAACGCUGCUUCGCCCUGCCGAGCGGCGGGAGCCUUGUGCAACGGCGCCCCCGCGAGCCGGCAGGGACUCUCAAUGUGGAAGAUAAUAUUUUUCAAAAAACAGAUUUUAUGCAAGAAAAAAAUAUGUGAAAGAAACAAAAAC